CCUAACGAACCCGUUCCUUGUGGCACACACAGACCACAACACAAGCUUCUUCUGCUUCUUUUGUUUUCUUGUUCUCUCAACAAAUUCAAAUUCAUUGUUUUUUCUUCAAAUUUUCCCACGCCGUGUUUUUCCAGUAUUUCCCAUUCUUCGUUUUCCCCUAAUCGCUUCGGAGAUCGAAGCCAACGGGUUUUUGCAUUAGGUUUACGGAUUCGAGGUUCCAGAUUUGUGACUCGUGGAUUGUUUUUGCACAGGGAGGUUUUAGGGGACUCGAAUUGCGAGAAUAUUGAUAACAUUGCUUUGGUAUUUGAAAUUAGGGUUUUCUGAUGAACCAGAGUCGUUAUUUUUGACGGUUACAACAAUAUGUUAAUUAAGCGUACUGCGAAAAUUGAAAUGCCGAAAUUAAAACGGUGUAAAUUGGAGGAACCUGAUUCCGAAGGUCAUGGAGGGUGUUCUGGGAUUGAGAAGAAGCCUAAGGUGAACGAGUUUUACUCUUUGGGUGACGCUGAAGAUUUCAGCAGUGGUUCAGCUUCUUGGAACAGUGAAGUUUCGCAUUCUGCAUGUGAUGGUGGUGGUGAGGUUGAGUUUAAUUCGAAUUCUGUGUCUCUGAAUGGGAAAAAGGUGAAAGAGUGGGGCUCUGGGGAGGCUCGGCCUCCGUUAUUGCGGUCCUCGCGUGGUCGCCUUCAGACGCUUCCAUCGAGGUUCAAUGACUCUGUGGUUCUUGAGACAUGGAAGGAUCGAGGAAUGAAAACGGAGGAUGGAGAUGGAGAUUCCAGCUUUGAAGAUGAUAAGAGUUUUGUUGAGAAUGAUCAAGUUAAGUGUAGUGACGUGAGUUCUUUGAAAAAUUCUUUGAAAAAUUCUAAGUGUUUUCCAUGUGCUGAAAUGAAGGUAGAUGAAAGGGAGGGUGGUCAAUUGUCUAGUGUGGGUAGAAAGACAAUGAAGACUGAUAGCAAUGCUUCUGGUUCUGGUCUUAGUUUUGAGGAAGCAGAGCAAAAGACUAAUAAUGGUGGAAAGAGGAGAGAGGUUUAUAGGCCAGAAGAUUUUGCUCUUGGUGAUAUUGUUUGGGCCAAAUGUGGGAAGAGAUAUCCGGCUUGGCCUGCUGUGGUGAUUGAUCCCAUCUUAGAGGCUCCUAAAUCUGUCUUGAACUGUUGUGUUCCUUUUGCGCUCUGUGUGAUGUUUUUCGGUUAUUCGAAAAAUGGAACUCAAAGGGAUUAUGCAUGGGUGAAACAGGGGAUGAUAUUCCCCUUCUCGGAGUUCAUGAACAGAUUUCAGGGGCAGACCCAGUUGUUCAAGUGCAAACCAAGUGACUUUCGCAUGGCCCUGGAGGAGGCAAAGUUGGCAAAAGAUGGUAUUCUGGAAUCACAUUUGCAAGCGGAGGAAGUGACUAAUGUAGAAGCUCAACCUGAUAGAGUUGAAGAGGUCAUGAUUUCAAAUAUUGAUCAGGAAUACUACUGCCAGGAUCAGGAUACUAGAUGUUGUGACAGCUGUGGUUUGAUAUUGCCAUGCAAAACCAUGAAGAAGGUUAAGGGUUCAAGUUAUGCACCACAAUUUCAUUGCAAACACUGUUCCAAGUUACGAAAAUCAAAACAAUAUUGUGGAAUUUGCAAAAAGAUUUGGCACCAUUCUGAUGGUGGGAAUUGGGUAUGUUGUGAUGGUUGCGAUGUAUGGGUGCAUGCUGAGUGUGACAAAAUUUCUACCGAACAUUUCAAGGAUCUGGAAAAUACCAAUUACUAUUGUCCAGAUUGCAAGAAAAGUAUCAAUUGUAAACUACCAGAAUCAACAGCAUACAAGUCAAAAAUCAAAUCAGUGGAGUAUAGCCAAAAUGGUGUGGUUCCUGAGAAGUUAAUGGUGGUGUGCAAUGGAAUGGAAGGAAUCUACUUCCCAAAGCUUCAUUUAAUUAUGUGCAAGUGUGUCUCUUGUGAUUCAAAGAAGCGGACACCCAGUGAAUGGGAAAGACAUACUGGAAGCAGAGCCAAAAAAUGGAAAUACAGUGUGAAAGUGAAAAGCACGAUGCUACCACUUGAAAAAUGGAUCACGGAGCACAUUUCACAAGAUGGAGUUCCCCAGGAAUUAAAUCAGCAGCAGGUGUUUGCUUUUUUGCAAGAGAAGUAUGAGCCAAUUCGUGCAAAAUGGACGACAGAAAGAUGUGCUGUUUGUAGAUGGGUUGAAGAUUGGGAAGAUAACAAAUUUAUCAUCUGUAACAGGUGCCAAAUAGCCGUCCACCAAGAAUGCUAUGGUGCAAAGCAUGUUCAGGAUUUUACUUCUUGGGUUUGUAGAGUAUGUGAAACUCCUGAUGUUGAAAGAGAGUGUUGCCUUUGUCCAGUAAAAGGUGGUGCUCUGAAGCCAACUGAUGUCGAGAUGUUGUGGGUUCAUGUAAUAUGCGCUUGGUUUCAACGUGAAGUUGUUUUCAAAAACCCUUUGGCCAUGGAACCUGCCCUUGGAAUUCUUCGAAUUCCUCCUAAUUCCUUUGUGAAGACUUGUGUAAUUUGUAAACAAAGUCAUGGUUCUUGUACAAGUUGUUGCAAGUGUGCUACUUAUUUUCAUGUAAUGUGCGCAUCAAGAGCUGGGUAUACCAUGGAAUUGCAUUCCAGGGUGAAGAAUGGGAUUCAAAUAACGAAGAAGUUAAUUUACUGCGCAGUUCAUAGAGUCCCAAGUCCAGAUUCUGUACUGGUUGCACAUUCUUCCCUGGGGAUUUUCUCUCCUAGAACUUCGAUUCAAAAUCACAAGGGACACUUCCGGGGAUCAAGGCUGGUUUCAUCAAAGAAUAUAGAGUUCAAUGAAUGUUCAACCACUGAUAAUGAUAGGGUUGAGCCAUUUUCUACUGCCAGAUGCCGUGUGCACCGAAGGUCUCAAAUUAAGAGAGCUGAUGUGCCAAUAAUUCACUUGCCGAGGGGACCCAGCCUUCAUUCUAUAAGUGAAAUAACUCAAUUGAACAAUUAUAAGGAUGCUAAAGUAUUUACUUCUUUCAAGGAACGUCUUCACCAUCUCCAGAAAACUGAAAAACUUAGAAUUUGCUUCGGAAAAUCGGGUAUUCAUGGAUGGGGUCUCUUUGCUCGAAGAGAUAUACAAGAAGGAGAUAUGGUUGUUGAGUAUCGUGGUGAGCAUGUAAGGCGUAGUAUUGCCGAUCUGAGGGAAGCAAAAUAUCGUUCAGAAGGCAAAGAUUGCUAUUUGUUCAAGAUCAGUGAGGAAGUAGUCAUCGAUGCAACACACAGGGGAAAUAUAGCACGUUUAAUAAACCACUCUUGCAUGCCAAACUGCUAUGCAAGGAUUUUGAGUUUGGGUGAUCAAGGGAGCCGGAUUGUUCUUAUUGCCAAAACCAAUGUUUCUGCCGGUCAAGAACUAACGUAUGAUUACUUGUUCGAUCCAGAUGAGCAGGAAGAAUUGAAAGUUCCCUGCCUUUGCAAAUCACUCAAUUGUAGAAAAUUUAUGAACUAGGUUAAGCAUUUUUUGUUCCUUGAGCAAUUGCAGUCUUCUAACCAUAUAGGGUAAAGAUUUUGUCCAUUGAGCUUAUUAUUUUUCACCAGUUUGGUAUAAUUUGUAUAUAAUCUUUAUAUAUAUAAUAAAAUAGGAAACUUCUGAGCAAAUGAGCUGGAGGCAUUUUUGUAACUUACACAUGGUUCCUCUAUAUUCUCCGAAUUCUGUUGACACU